AUGGGAGGACCAGCGCCCCCAAGUAGGCUCCGCGAGCCGCCAGAGCGGUCCGCCGCCGCCUGGCGCCGCGAGCGCUGCGCCGCGCGGCUGCAGGCGUUCCAGCGCCGCCGUGUGGCCCUGCGGGAGCCUGGCGCCGCGGCAGCCACGGGGGGGGGCGCGGCGAAGCCCGUCGGCAGGUACUUGGUGGACUUAGCCGAGUUCAAGGAGCAGGCCAAGCUGGAGAACCAGGUGCGGCUGCUCAAGGCGAAGCUCGAGGCGCAGGAGGCCCGCGCCGCCGCCGGCACCAGGACGCCGAACGCGGCCGCGGAGCCGACGGCGGAGAUACUGUCGUCGCUGCAGGACCUGGCGGCGGAGAAUGCGAAGCUGAGGGUGGAGCUGGAGCGGCAGCGCACCGAGAACGUCGAGCUGAGGCGGGAGAACCAGAAGCUGCGGGCAGGCGCGGACGUGCUGCUGCUCCCUCCCGGAGGAGCCUACCAUUGCGUGCAUCUUGUCAGCCUUGUGGCCAAGAUUUCGCGCUGGGGCCCCGGGGCAGCCGCAGCGGGCAUGGGUCCCAAUCCAGAGGUGCGCACGUCGUGA